AUGUAUUGUUGUAAUGGCUGUCAUACUGAUCAUCAUCAAGAUGAUAACAAUGAACAACAACCAAUUAUUCUAUGCAACCCAGGAAACCAUCAGCUUGAAGCAUCACCAAGUGAUAGGCCAUUUAAUAAUGCCGGAGUUUGGAUUUACUUUUGUUUCCGAUGUAUGAUGAGCUCAUCAGCUAGUAGUCUCAACCUGCCCCCACCAUAUGUUUCAGAUGAGAAAAAACCCCCCGGAAAGUAUACUACAGAUGAUAAACCAACAGUUCGGGUUUAUUGCAAAGCUAAAACCGAUUACUCUCUCACCAAUCGUGAUGGUCAAGUAGUUCUUGCACCCUCUAACCCUUUUGAUCCUCAUCAGCACUGGGUCAAAGAAGAGAAAUUUGGGAAAGAUGUCAAGGAUGAAGAAGGAUUUUCUGCUUUUGCUUUGGUGAAUAAAGCUACUGGCCUUGCUUUGAAACAAUCUAUUGGUGUGUCGUAUGCGGUUCAACUCAAGGAAUACAACCCCAUCAAUAAACUUGACAAGUCCCUUCUUUGGACUAUGGGCAGGAAUGUAGGUGACGGUUAUAGGGCAGUCAGGGCGGUGGACAACAUAGGCCUGAAUUUGGAUGGGUAUCAUAGUAUUAAAGACAAUGGUAGAGUUAAAGAUGGCACCAAAAUUAUUCUGUGGCAAUGGAAUCAAGGUGAUCACCAACAGUGGACUAUUGCCCAUUAUUGUAAGUUUUUCAACCAAAAAACUUGCAUUCAAACUACUAUUCUUGUAUAA